CAGCAGUAGUGAGGAGCGGCGACAGAUGGCGGAGGCUCACCCACCUCCCACCCAACCAGACCAUUGUUGUUGACAUUUAGAUUUAGUGAGGAAGCUGCUGCUGCAUCAGUUCAUCAGUUAAAGAUGUUGAAGACAGUGGUGUGAAUCAUGUUGUACAUCCUGCUUCUAUAUGCUGUUGUCCAAGGAGCAGGGGCUAAAUCAUCAUGGGAAUGCCUUGCCCUGGAUGGAGAACUUGUGCCCAAUGGGGAGUCAUUUGUCCCCGGACCCGACUACUGCACUGUCUGCAAGUGUGAUGAAGGCAAACCUCGUGUGUGUCGAGCUGUUCUGUGUCAGCCACCACAGGAUUGUAAUUCCUUCCGGUUAGGGAGAUCAUGCUGUGAUUUCAUCUGCCUGGAUGGCAUACUUCCCAAGAGGCCAGAUGGUAGUGGAAACAUGCCUUCCACAGACUUGGGGUUACGCUAUGUAGCCUCUGCUGUCACGGCCAUACUGUCUCUCGCUCUCUUGUUGUUCUCACACAGGUUGAGACAGCGUCGAAUCAGAGCUCAGCAGCAGUACUAUGAGGAUCAGCUGGACUCUCCAGGAGGACUUCACCCAGACUCUUGCCAGAGCAAUGCUUGCUGUCACAAUGCUGCAUACUGCAAUGGCAAUGACCAUGUUGAUUUUUUCCUAGAUGGUCAUACACCUCCUUAUUCUAUGUGGAAGCCUCCCUCCUUCUACUUCCCUCAUGAAGAUGCUCCACCACCUUACAGUGAAGUGGUGGGUAGUUCAUACAGAUUAUCAGAGGCCAGCAACUCUCUGGGUCCAUUUAUGGUACAGCUUGGACCUUCCGGGGAGUCCUCAGAUAACAACAGAGGGAGCAUAGCAUUGAUUGGUGCCAUUGGUGGGGGCUACAGGAGGCCCAGUUCACCAUCACUUUCACCUCAUAACAUCACCCCAGAGGGUGCUAAGGGAACGGGAGUUACGCUCAGAUCCGACGAAAUGUAUGAGGAUGGUAACCCAGACAUGGACGGUCCUCCUCCUUGCUAUACAUCAUCGCAGCCUCUGAAUGAUCUCAACCGUGGCACUGAUUUAAGGGCUGUGGGGGAAUUUGUUCCUGCUGUUAGUAAUGAUGCUGCUGGAUGUUCAGCCACUGCAGCAACUACACAAGAGUGUGUGUGUGGUGAAGAUUCUAGCUGCAACCUUUGUGCUUCACACAAACAUGGUGCCAGCAGGAACAACAACACAGUUCAACAGCCGUCAGUGUCUCCUAUUAGAAUGCGUCCCCCCCGAGAGAAGCGUUCGUCACUACUACAGAGAGAUGGUGAACGGACCUCCACCUUGGAAGAAUUUCAGCUGUGUCUCAGCAUGGACAUUUCUGACUCCUCAACCUCAUCUGAUGUUCCUACACGGACAUUUUCCUCAUCUUCUGAAGAUUCUACCUCCAUGGACACAACGUCUGAGAUGCGGUGAACUGUCAUCAUGAUUGUUGUCAAAUGAAGCUUACAAAGACUGGUUUGCUUCCACAAGUGACUGAAGUCAACUGUUGUGCUACCUAAUAGUCUUCUUCCUUCCACCAAUUAUUAGUAUUUAAAGCUUUUUCUCAUCUUUCACAUUGAUGCAGAAGUGGAAAAUUAAGCCAUGUAUAUUAACAAUCAUAUUAAGCUUAUUUUGAAAUUUGAAUGGUGUCUUUUAUAGAAGGUAUGUAAGACCAAGUGAAUGAGGCUCACUAAUUUGACAGUUUAAGUGCUUCGAACAAAACACAAAAGCAACAUUAGGUUCAUACAGUACAAACAGCACAAGGGUCAGAAAGAAAAGUACAGUGAGUGUUUGUUCUGCACACUUAGCCAUGAGACAGGAUCAGGUUAAUUGUAUCAGUUUACUUUAAUUGGAUAUUAUUGUUUUUGUUAUUUUCAUAUUAUAUAAAUCAUCAAUUUAAUUGGGGAAUCUGUGUACAGUUCAUUGUAAAUAACAUGACAUUGUAAAGUCCAACAACUCAAAACAUGUCAUGUCUUUAAAAAAAAAUUAGUUUUCUCAUAAACAACAUUUGUACCUUUACACAGAACUCAUGAUUGCAUGUGUUUCUGGGUGUUGCCAUGCAGUGUUACCAUACCCAACACCACACUACUUUCUUGUGAAUACUCAGUUUAAAUUCAUGAUGGUUAUGUCCCAAAGACUUUGCAAUAUUAUAUGUUUUCUGUUUUUGUUUUUUUCUAAUUUUAUAUUGUUCAAAGUUCAGAGUGGUUAGGACAAAUCUUUAAAAGCUGACCUAUGAGAAUACAAGCUUUGUCAGGGUGUGAAAAACUGUUGCAUCAAGUACCUGGUAACCACUUACGUCACCUCCCUUCUUAACCCCUUCACUGACUUAUCAUUCUUUUUCCAUUUUACCCUUUCACAGGGAGUCCAAAUCUCACCCAUUGACUGGCCGACCAAAAUACAUAGAUUUUUUCUUGAAUUUAUUUUUUCAUUUACUAUUUACGGGUAAUAAUAUGUAAAUUUUUUCUUCAUUAUUUAUUGAGUUGUAAUGCUAAACUAUCUGAUUAAGUGAUAAACGAACAAAAUAGUACAACAAAACUGACUUAUAUACUAAAACCUUUUAAUCUUAAAAUCUCUGGUUAAAUUAUAUACCCCUGUAAUACAGUCUACUGUACCUCUACAGUAGUAAUGCAGUCUUAUACCUGAUUUUGCAUAUGAACAAUGUACAGUAGCAUAGUCACACAGAGUUGUGGAGUUAGUGUACUCUCAGUUAAACUAGUUCUCUACAUUUGUGAAAAAUGUAUACAGUCACACAAAGUUGUCGAGUUUAUGUUUAACAGUACAGUACUGUACACAGUUAAAUUGGUUCUCUGUUUAAGUGAACAAUAUUCCAGACAAACUCUCUAGCUAUACAAGCCAUUGACCUCUCACUAUGAAAAUUUUUACCUGAGCUUUAGUUAGUUGUGUGUGCAAGGUUGGUCACACUACUGGUGAAACAAAAACACAUUUAUUUGUGUAACUUGAUGCUGCUGCUUUGUCAUGUAAUAUUGACCAAAAACAUCAAGCUAAAAUAUUAAUGAAAUGUAAAAUAUAUAUACAGUAGAUAAUAUGAUUGAUGGGAAGCAGUUCAAAGAUAUUAAAACUGUUGUGAAGAUGCCUGUUAUAUUUGUGAGGUGCAGGCAAGGAGAGGGGGGGUGAUAAGGCACUAGUGUUUUUCCUCUGCUCCUCAGUACAGUAAUGAAAACAAAAAGAGGAAAUAAGUGUACAAAGUCUUAAAAAAAAGUUAUAAUAAACUGCUGAAGGAGAGAUGGGAGCUCACAUUUUGAAAGAUGCACUGUACCGUACUGUACUGUACUGUACUCAUGUGUUGAUCUACAAAAUUACAGUCAUUCUAGAUUGAAUUAUUUCAUAAUUUCUUGAACAUAUUUCAAUGUUUCUGUAAUUGAUGAAAUUAAUUUACCUGCAAAUAUUUGUUCAUCUUGUCAUCUUGUUGCAAAUGACACUAGGGGAUGUCAGGCAUUAAACUGAAAAAUAAUGAAGAAUUUGUUCUAGAGAAUCCAGUGUGCAAUACAAUGCUUGAAUUUUAUUAAAUAAUACACCUUUUCACAUAUCCGUUGAGACAUUGUUACAUAACUAAUUGACAAAUUUCAUAACCGAAUGACAGAACACAUAUCGAAUGACAA